CGGGGACUACGUGGAGAAAGGCCCCAGGCCAUCAAAGAGGGCGGGGCCUCCCUGGAGGCCAGUGCGCGGCUGCAGAGCUAGACUUGCGCGUCGCUCCGCCCCCAGGGAGAGCCGGCGCCACCAUGGAGGAGUUCCACCGCCACUGCGACGAGGUUGGUUUCAAUGCUGAGGAAGCCCACAAUAUUGUCAAAGAGUGUGUAGAUGGGGUCUUAGGUGGUGAAGAUUAUAACCACAACAACAUCAACCAGUGGACUGCAAGCAUAGUGGAACAAUCUUUAACACAUUUGGUUAAACUGGGAAAAGCUUACAAAUACAUUGUGACCUGUGCAGUGGUCCAGAAGAGUGCAUAUGGCUUUCACACAGCCAGCUCAUGUUUUUGGGAUACUACAUCUGAUGGAACCUGUACCGUAAGAUGGGAGAACCGGACCAUGAACUGUAUUGUCAAUGUUUUUGCCAUUUCAAUUGUUCUGUAACUGACUAAAAAUGGUGGGCUAAAGCCAUUAAGUUAAGAAUUUGUCAGUGUACCCUUUCAAAAAAGAGUAGUAGUUACUUAUUAAUGUGCUAGGUGACAAGUGUGCAAUAUGCUUCAAAGCUUUCAGCAAAAGCUGAAUAUUUCAAACGAGCAAUUUCAUAGUACAUUGGCAGAUUAUCUCGUAUUCUAUACGGUAUCAUUUAAAUAGGAAAAGUUGAAUGUCAGC